AAGACACAAAAUCCCUCCAAUAAUUUUUUGUCUACUCCUUCCUCAACAAGCUUUGUAAAAAAAUUUCAACAAAAAAAAUCCCCCUUUCAAAUUCCUUAGGGUUCUUAUAUAAAUCAAAAUCUCACAAUUUUAUCUCCAUUUUCUCCGCCUAGCUUACUUGUUCUCGAAGAUUCAGUACCUAGAAAGGUUCGGCCCUUCCCCGAAUUCCGCGCAUAUCUGGUGUUUUAGUGCAUCUUGCUGCGCGAAUCCCGCGUAUAUCUGGUGUUUUAUUGCAUCGUGCUGCCCGAAUCCCGCAUAUAUCUGUGUUUUAGUGCAUCGGUCUGUCCUUUUGUUAUUCAGUAACGUGAAAGGUUUGGCCGUUCCGUUUUCCAGAGCCGGUGUAUAGCAGUAGUUUUAGUGCAUCGUGCUGCCUGAAACCUGCGUAUAUCUGGUGUUUUAGUGCAUCGUGCUGCCCGAAUCCUACGUAUAUCUGGUGUUUUAGUGUAUCGUGCUGCCCGAAUCCUGCGUAUAUCUGGUGUUUUAGUGCAUCGUGCUGCCCGAAUCCUGCGUAUAUCUGGUGUUUUAGUGCAUUGUGCUGCCCGAAUCCUGCGUGUAUCAAGUGUUUUAGUGCAUCGUGCUGCCCUAAUCCUGCAUAUGUCGAGUGUUUUAGUGCAUCGUGCUGUCCCUUUUUAUUCAGUAGCGUGAAAGGUCUGGCUGUUCCAUUUCCCGGAGCCAGUGUAUAGCAGUAGUUUUAGUGCACAGAACUAUACUUUUGUUCGGUAAGGAGAAAGGUCUGCCUGUUACCUGAAUCCCCCGUAUAUCAGGUGUUUUAGUGCAUCGUGCUGUCCUUUUAUUCAGUAACGUGAAAGGUGGUUCGGUAGGGAGAAAGGUCUGGCCGUUCCCCGAGGUAUAGCAGGAGUUUUAGUGCAUUGGACAUUACUUUUUAUUCAGUAACGUGAAAGGGAGCCAGUGUAUAGCAGGAGUUUUAGUGCAUUGGAUAGUACUUUUUAUUCGGUAACGUGAAAGGUCUGGCCGUUCCUUUCCCUGAGUCAGUGUAUAGCGGGAGUUUUACUUUUAUUCGGUAAGGAGAAGAAGCUCCGAAUGACUGAAGAUAUGUUACAGCUAGACCCUUCGAAGACUUUUGAUGGUGUUCGUUUUGUUCUGCUCGGAUUUGACCCUAUUGGAAAGGGGCAGAUUCGGUCCAAGCUUGUAGAGGGUGGUGGAGUUGAUAGAAGUAAAUAUGGACCAGAUUGCACCCAUCUUAUUGUUGAUGGUAUCAUCUACGAUGACCCCAUAUGUGUUGCUGCUCAGCAGUCUGGAAAAAUAGUUGUUACCAGCUUGUGGGUUGCACAUAGUUUUGAUCUGGGAAUGCUUGUUGAUCACGAUUCUGUCAUGUACAGACCUCCAAGAAGUUUGAAUGGAAUCCCAGGUGCUAAAUCACUGAUAAUCUGCUUAACUGGGUACCAGCGGCAAGAUCGAGAUGAUAUUAUGACAAUGGUGGGACUAAUGGGUGCAAACUUUUCAAAGCCGUUGGUGGCAAACAAAGUCACUCAUCUCAUAUGCUACAAAUUUGAGGGGGAGAAAUACGAGCUUGCCAAGAAAAUGAAGACGAUUAAGCUUGUUAAUCACCUGUGGUUGGAGGAUUGUUUAAAGUCUUGGGAAAUCCUUCCGGAAGCAGAGUAUGAUAAGAGUGGGUAUGAGUUGGAGAUGAUGGAAGCUGAAGCCAAAGAUUCUGAAGAUGAAAAUGAGGGCAUUGCUGCAAAUAGGUCUGGUGAGACAAUAGCUAUCAUGGGUCCUGAAAAUCCAAGAAGUCCUAAUCAAAUCCUUGUGAAGCAAGAAACCUCUAUGCCCUCUACAAACGUUUCAGACUUGAGCCCCUUUAGAGGUUUGUCAGGUCUUGGGAACACAAAAAGGCUGUCAUUAUCUGCUUCAAAACAGUCAAACUCUGACCACGUUUCGGCCUUUAACGAAUCUCCCAAUAGGCAUGCUGAGAUGCUUAAUUCCAACUUCUGUAGAACAACUGAAGAACUGCCAUCUAGCAUGCGACAAAAUGAAAGUGAUCUGGGUUACGUUUCAAGUAGUGCCAGGAAGUCUCCUCAUUCUCGUUCGUCCAGAGAAAUACCAAGGAAAUUCAGUUCUCCCAUGACCUCUGAACAAAUGAAGAAUUGUGCAGGAAGUCCCCCCGCUACUACUGAAGCAGGCAUAGAGUUUGAUUGCUUUAACCUGUCCUCUCAGGGAGGAAAGGAGAAGAGUGAGUUGGGUGUAAAAACUCCAAAGAAUUUGUCGUUUUCUGGGAAGGCUAAAAGCAGUAAACUGCCUGAGAAAAGGAAGAUGGGCAUUUCCGACAGUAGCUUCAAGUCACCAAGGAUUGUUAAUAAUCCAGAAAGCAUACUAGAUGUUUAUUUGCCGGCAAAUCGUUCUGAAGAGUUGGUAAACACGUCUAAGUUACAUAGUCCAAGCCAUGAAGACAGUCAUCUUUCGUUUAGGAACACUGCUCCUCACUUUGACAAGGAUGUAACUUUUGAUACCAUGCAACAUCGUGAUUCAACCAUUUCCAAUCCCGUGACACUAAGCACUAGGCGAGGGCAUGAUGAUCAUGCACCUCAAAGUGGCACUUGUAUGAUCAUGGGGUCGAAAGGGACUAAUCAUGCUAGUCGUGAUGUUAAUGGGCCAUCGGAUGAACGACAAGAUGUCCCAUCUCCAGUUAAAGAAACAAGAGAUAACCUGAAGUCUGUACUGGAUGAGUUCGAUAAAGCUGGAGAUGAUUCUAUGUCAGGGUCUAAGACAUUGAAGAAAAGAUCGCUUUCCAAGAAGACACUCGGAUCAAGACAAAGUCUCAGUAAAGGGGGUGCUAGAAAUCAGAAAGGUUCUUUGCUCAACAAGCCUGUUCUGAUGAGUGAUUCAGCUGCUUCCAGUGGAGGGAGAGGGGAGACAGAGCACCAAAAUAUCUUAUUCUCUACAAAGGGUGAGGUUCUCCCUGCAGAUAAUGCAGAUUCGAGCAAAGAGAUCGAAAGAAAUAAUUUUUCAAAUUCAGAAAAAGAAGCUGCCAAAACAAAUGAAUCCCUAAAUGAUGAUACUGAGGCUCCAGAGGACCAAGAAGCUGAGGAGUUAAAUGUUCCAAAAGAGAAGUCUACUGAUACUGAAGCACAACAUUUAGCGCUUCAAUCAACGGAGAAGAAAUCAAAUGUGAACAAGGUGGUAAAUAAGAAUGACCGUAAGGAUAUUGCAAAGAGACCAAGUACAAAGCACAACAAAUCUGAAACUCAAAAUGUUUUUUCUGACAAGGAGAUUGAAUCAACUUCUGUGGGGAAAGCUUCAGAUCCAAAAGAGAAGUCUACUGAUACUGAAGCACAACAUUUAGCGCUUCAAUCAAUGGAGAAGAAAUCAAAUGUGAACAAGGUGUUAAAUAAGAAUGACCGUAAGGAUAUUGCAAAGAGACCAAGUACAAUGAACAAUAAAUCUGAAACUCAAAAUGAUUUUUCUGACAAGGAGACAGAAUCAACUUCUGUGGGGAAAGCUUCAGAGGAGAAAGUUCCCAAAGAUCCAAAAUGUCCGAAGAAGAAUAGCAAGAAAACUAGUUUAGUUACUAAAAGAGCUGCCGUUUCUGUAGAAGGCACAGAAAGGAAGAAGUGCAGAACUGAUAGAAACAAGGUAGAAGCAAAGAAAGGAAAAGGGUCUCCAUCUGAAACUGGAAAAGCCACAGUAAUUUCAACUGAGCAUCAAUUAAAGAGCUCCAUGGAUGUGGAGAAGGAGAACGUACCUGUUAUUGGAUGCCAGAACGCGAGUCAUAAUGAAAAUGAGGCUGACAGUUCUGCUUAUGAUAAAAAGUCUCGCUCAUUGCAGGUUACAAAAGUACGAAGUGAGCCUAGGUGGUUUAUAGUUAGUGGGCAUCGGCUACAAAGGAAAGAGUUUCAGCAGGUUAUCAAGCGAUUGAAAGGGAAAGUGUGCAGAGAUUCUCACCAAUGGUCAUAUCAGGCAACCCAUUUCAUUGUUCCUGCUCCAGUACGAAGAACAGAGAAAUUUUUUGCUGCUGCAUCCUCUGGAAGGUGGAUCUUAAAGACAGAUUAUUUAACUGCUUGCGUUGAGGCUGGAAAAUUAUUAGAUGAGGAGUCGUAUGAAUGGCACAAAAAGGGAUUGACUGAAGACUUAGCAAUCAACUUAGAGGCCCCAAGAAAGUGGCGACUUCUGAGGGAGAGGACUGGACAUGGCGCAUUAUAUGGCAUGAGGAUAAUCAUAUAUGGAGACUGCAUUGUACCACCACUGGAUACAUUGAAGCGUGCAGUCAAGGCAGGAGAUGGCACUAUAUUAGCAACUUCUCCUCCUUAUAGUCGAUUCCUUGAGUCAGGCGUUGACUUUGCCAUUGUUAGUGAGGUCAUGCCCCGCUGUGACAAGUGGGUUCAAGAAUUCUUAAGGCAUGAGAUACCUUGUGUAUUACCUGAUUACUUGGUGACUUAUGUGUGCAAACCUGGUUAUCCCCUCAACAAUUAUGUGCAAUACAACACUCAUGCCUGGGCAGAAAGGUCACUGAAAAAACAUGGCCAUCGCUUGGAAGAGAUUGUUGAGGAGAUGGUGCAAUCAGAUGACAGUAGUAACGAUAUAGCAUGCCAGGUAUGUGGGUUGCCUAACAGGGAGGAUGUAAUGCUGAUCUGUGGUGACGAAAGUGGUUCUCGUGGAUGUGGCAUUGGCAUGCAUGUAGAUUGCUGUGAUCCUCCUCUCGAGUGUGUUCCAGAGGACGACUGGUUUUGCCCAGAGUGUAGCAAGAACAAAAGCAACACAAGUACCAAAAAGAAGUCCAAAAAAGGGUCGUCUACUUCAAAGAAAAAGUGAUAAGCUGUCCUCCGGCUAAGCCGCUAAGGUCUGUAUUAUAGUUCCAGUCAAGUUUAGUAUAUUUAGAUUAGUGAAAUGUACAAAAAUAAUUAUUCGUGUCACAGCAUCCGAUGCUGUCCUAGAAGUCGUCGAUUUUCAAUGUUGUGUAAAAUCAUCUCUUGAAGGUUUUCCCAGGCCAAGCUUUGCAUCACAUUUGCCUAGUGGAGAUGAAACUUUUAUUUCACCCUUCAUGCCUUUUUCUGUAACUGUGUUGUAUUUAAGAUAACACUACAUGUUUCACCCUUUCAUGAUUUUGCACAUUGUGAAAACUUCCUGUACUUUGAAUA